UGGCAGUCGAUAGCAGUGCACGACCAAGAGCUCUGCCAGCCGGAGCUAAGUUGAAGACGCUGCGGUUAAAAACAACAGGAAAACACAUCGCUCCUCGCUCAUUCGUCAGGAGAAAUGAAGUGUUGCUGCGACGUCGACCUGCCCAUAGUGCGGAAGGCGUUCGCCAAGCGGAAUUGGACCGAGGUCGAACCGCAUCAAGACUGGAACAUCUACUGGACGUCCGUCGCCAACGCUCGGUGCCUCAUGGCUCCUGACUCGAACACCAGGCUCUCCGACAACCAGCGUGUGAACCACUUCCCGACGCACUACGAGUUGACGCGCAAGGACCUGUUGGCCAGGCACAUGCAGCGAUACCAGCGCCAGCGCAGCAGAGCCCUGCAGCGCGACGAGCCUCCGCCGCCAGCGAUCGUGCCCUCGACGUACGUCCUGCCCCGGGACUACAGCAUGUUCGUCGACGAGUACAAGAAGCGAGCCGGGGGAGGCUCCAGCCUCUGGAUUGUCAAGCCCUGCGGCAAAGCGCAGGGCAUCGGAAUCAAGCUGGUCAACAGGCCAUCGCAAGUGAAAUCGCUAAUCAACAGCUGGGAGAGCCAAGGGAACCGGGAGUCGCACGUGCUGUGCCGCUACGUGGACCCCCCCCUGCUGGUCGGAGGCCGGAAGUUUGACCUGCGCCUCUACGUGCUCGUCACUUCCUUCCAGCCUGUGCACGCAUUCCUGUACCGGAAGGGUUUCUGCCGCUUCUGCCAGCUGCACUACCGAACCAAGGGGCUCGACAACCCGUUCGUGCACCUCACGAACGUCUCCGUCCAGAGACACGGGGGCCGCUACAACCAGUCCCACGGUGGCAAGUGGAGCCUCUCCAGCCUGGAGACGUUCGUGCGGGGGACACGGGGCUCCGCGUCCGCUGCUCGACUGCGCCAAGACCUCAGGGAGCUGGUGGCGCAUUCGCUCACAGCCGUCGCGCCUUCCAUGCUGUCUGACUGGCACUGCUUCGAGUGUUACGGCUACGACGUUCUCCUGGACGAAGACUUGCGUCCGUGGCUCCUGGAGGUGAACGCCUCGCCGUCGCUGACCUCGAGCACGCGCGCCGACGCCCUGCUCAAGCAGGCGCUGGUCGACGACGUACUCCGGCUCGUCGCGCCCUCCGGGAAGCCAAGUUCCAGCGCCUAUUCAGAAGCUGACCUGGGCGACUUCGAGCAGAUCCUUCCCGCUGCUCAGACGCCACUGGAGGAAGAAGAAAACGAGAGAACGAGCUGGCCGAGGACUCGGAGAAAACGAAGUGGUCAAUGACGACGAUGCAAGCCAAGUGGCUGAUGGGAAUGCAGUCUAAUGCAAUCUAUGCAAUAAACAAUCGUGUUCGUGUUGGCGUUUU